GGGGCGGGCGGACACGCGUGGGGCGGGGAGAUCCGCGACCCGGCCUCCCUCCGCGCCGGCGGCCGGACACUUAACGGCGGCGGGCCGCGGCGGCGCAGGGGCUGGCCGGCAGGGCGCGGGGUCCCGCCGGGGGCCGCUGCUAGCCAUGCCUCCCCCGCGCCCGGCGGCCCGGCGCGGCCGGGGGGCUGCCUCCGUCGCGGUGCCCAGCGGGUGCUCGGCGCGGCGCGGCGGCUGCGGGGCGCGGGGAGCCGGUACCCGCCGCUGAGCAGCUGCGCGGCGGGGGGGAGGCGAUGUCCUCGCUGGUGAAGGAGGACCUGGCGAGGAGGCUCUUCGGCCCCCGGCGGCAGCGGCUGCACGAGUUCAUCGAGGUGGAGGGCGCGGGCGCCGGGCGCUGCUACCUGUGCGCCGCAGUGACUAAAAGUGAAGAAGUAGAAAUAUGUAUGGUUAAACACUUGCGGGUGGAUCGAGAGGAGAAAUACGAAAUAGUUGAGAAGUGGUUUUUGAGAGAUCUAGAGAUGAUUGAUGGAAAAGAAGCAGAUACUGAUAAUCCAUAUUUUGAUAUGCACUUCCACAAAGUCUACAAUCUGGAAGCAUAUAGUUGUGCAUCUAAAUAUACAUUUGCUCGAACACUGAACAAACUGAAUGAAAUGUACCUUAAGAAGGACUUGAAGAUUGUGAACUUUGAUGACACAUACCUAAAUGAUGAUUCAAUCUGGUCAUCCAACAACAGGGAUUGCUUAGUACUUAUGAGGAUAUGCUUCUAUGCUUCCAAUCUUUUAUGUCUCUCCCUCUGUCCUUUGUCCUAAAGAUGCAUUUUCUAACAUUAAGGUGACUGGUUGACUUUCACUGACCAGCAUUUCAUAAAUCAUCUGAUCAAAAAGAUAGUGAUAUGCAGUAUCUGCUUUUUAAUUUUACGUAUCAGUAAAAACCAACACACUUUUUACAUAAAUGAUUGACCAUUCAUUUAUAUAUAUUAGGAGGGCCUCACUCUGGCAAAUACUCACAAAUAUAUGAGGCUUUCAACAUAGGACCAAUAAAUCUCAUGGUCAGUGGUGAUUGUUUAUGUAAGUAGAGUUCAGCAUUUGCUUAUAUGGUCACGGAGGUAUGAAUUACCUUUCAUUAAUAGCUGGAAAUAUUUUUAAAGCGUUAAGUGCAUUAAUGGUUAAAUUAUAUCCUGGGAGUGGGAAAAAAAGCAACCAAAUGAGUUCUGUAUGAGAAUGAUGCACAUUUCCAUUUUCAGAUGUGUUGAAAUACAGAACUCCAUUAAAGAGAUCACACCUACAUCAAUACAAGUAUCAAACUCUUAUCCUGACGAAUCGGAGUUCUGCAUUCAGGUACCACGGGACCAAGUUUUCACCUAUGCAGUUACAAUAUGUUUUCCUCAGAAUGUUUAGCACUCCCUUUGGCCUUCCCAUUAUUUGUUGUACUGUCUUCAAAACCGAAAAUGAAUGUCCUUAAGCAGAAUUGCUUUAUUUGUCAGACCUGUCAGAAGGUCCUUUUUUCUUUUGUAUCGUUAACAUCUUCUUUCUGGUGCUAUAUUGCUUAUUUAUAUGAUCAGGGCUAAUUAGGGAACAGAAACUGUUUGUUUAUCUCUUCUCCACCUCUGGACCAAGAAUUAACACAAUACUAUGUAAACCGCAGUUGUUGGCUACUACAGUUAACCUUAUAGGCAAGUGAUAGACCUUUCAAAAUUCAUAGAAUUAAGAGAGUAAUUUUCACCAGUUUCUAGCUAUGUGUUAGCAUAAUCAGUGCACUACUUAAAUGCGUAUUAGUAUUUAGAGUAACAUUUAACACAACGUGGAGUCUACUGAGUGGUUUGGAAUAUCUCACCCGUAACAAAAAAUAAUGGCUGGACUGGUGACAGUGUUGUAUUACAGUAGAAACGGGAUGAAUUAAAGCUGUAUUGAGCAAGAGCUGAAGAGGAAUAGUGUUGACCAUAAACACAGUGAUAUUACCCAGUGUCAGUCAGCUAAGUUAGUUGACUGCUCUUCCCACAGUCAAUAAAGAAAUGUCAACCCAAAAGGUCAUUCAGAGAAGCUUCUGGUCAGAACAUCCUGCAGGAGAAAAUUUGCUUUCUCUUUCGACAGCCAAGAGAGUACAGGGAGACUAGCUGUGGACUAAACCAGCUAUGUACCUAAAGCUGACUAAUGUAAAUAGCUCCUAGGAAAUCAUGAGCUGGUUAAUGUCCCCUCUCAGUACGUGCCUUCUGUAAAAUGGGAUAGUCAUGCAAGGGUAUGUAGCUUGUACUUCACCGCUGCCUUUCACAUGAACUCCCAUCUUUAAAAACGUUCACAUAAAUGUACUUUGGAUUCAAAACUGAAGAAACAUCAAAUAAGUGAGAAUAUACUAGAAAAACUGUGUGAAAACAUACAGCUUUUUACUUUACUUUUUAAAUGGUAUCCUGUUGCUUGUAUAUAGGAAAUUCUAUACCUUUGUUCAGCUAAUCUUCCAAGACUAUAAAUUUAUUCUAGGCAUACGUUGUAAAUUACAUUCAUUCUAACCCAAAUCUUAGUAAUUAUGUGUCUCGACAGUUGUGAAGGCAUUUUAUGUGGGUAACACAAAUCUUCUGGAAUUUGUAAGGACUUCAGUCUUAUUUUUGUCACCUAAAUCUCAUUAGAGAGAAGGACUGUAUGUAUAGUAAUUGUGAAAUGCAGUUGUUCUUUUCAGAAUGUCUUUGGGAUAAUCCGGUGCAAGUAUGUGUGUUGUAACAUUUGAUCCACAGCUACAAGAACUAUUUGCCCAACAUCCAGGUUCCACAAACCCAUCUUCAAUAGCAAGUAUGAUUCAGACUACUAUUUUCUGUGAUACAGUGUUUCGUUUGGACUGUGUAUUAAUUUUAGAGGUCACAAUGUUUUCUGUAAUGUUCACAAAUUCUUUGCUUAAUGGCACAAGGAAAUAUUUUCUGAGUGGAAAAGCUCCCAUCAUUCAUCUUGUAAUUGUAAUGAAAACAUAGAGCCUCUAAUAAUAAGCACUUCAGAGCGUUGUUUUGAAAUAAAUUACAGGUAUAGUGAAUUCCUGACCAAUGAUUGUCUGUAUCACGUUAGAAACGGGUAAGCUAAAAAUAAAUAUAAUGUUCCACCAUAUUUAAUAGACUUGCAUCACUAGUUUAUAUCUUUCUAUUCUUGUAUAAACAUUAAGCUGACUAUAUUAGAAAUAAGAAUAAGCCUGCAUUUUAUGUGGAAUAAUAUGCAAUUAAAAUCUGUUUGGCAUUUCUUCUGAUAAUGUAGUAUUUCAGACAUCUUCACCAAGCGAUCAGACUAAACAAAAGGGAAGGAGAAAAAGGGACAUUGUCCAUGUAAAUUAUUUCAGUUAUUAUCAAAAGGAAAAAUAUUUUAGAAGAUCUUUUCUGACCCAAUCUAGGGACUUGUUACAUUUAGACAGUUCUUUAUAAGGUGUCAAAUACCAAGACAUUGUAAUUGCUAGAUGGGGCUGGUCGCACUAUAGAUGGUCUUUGUCCUGAGGUGUGGGAGACUGUCACUUUGCAGUUAGUAAAGCACAGCUGUGCCACAGAAGAUAACAGAAUAUGCUAAAUUAUAAGUGGGCAAGACCUGACAAGCUGAAUAGCCAAUCUUUCAAUUAAUGCAGAGUUGUUUCUUGCAUCACAUUUCCUGACCUUGGAUGUACAGAAUGUAGUUUGAAAUACAGUAUCUAGGGAUUCAUCUGCUUCUUCUGGAAGACUUCUCCAAAAUUUAAUAGGAAGAAACUUACAGCAGUAAAGGAUUAUCACAAAUGCAUUUGUAGUAUUUUUAUAAAAGGUUUCAACCAGAUGAUGGAGCGAAUUAAUACUUGAUAUUCUGUAUAUAGUGUGGCAUUUCUCCAGAAAACAGGAAUUGUUACCAGCAUAUCUGUUCCAGAGAAGAGGAAAAAUAUGGCAGCCUGAAAAUGAAGAAGCAUGAUAAUGAGCAACUUCAUGCUCAUUUGUUUAAGAGUCAGAAAGGGAAUAGAGGCUGUCAUAAAAGACAUGAUGUUUUUUCCUAAGUGUAUUUUUUUAAAACUCUUUCACCAGCAUCAGUUAAGAAUAUGGGCAAACCUGUGACAAAAGAAUUUGAGAAUAUUUUGUUUGUAGCAUUUAUCAAUACCAUAUUUGUCUUAUUCUAUACUUAAACAAAACAUCAGUUUUCUGCAGCACCAUGCGAUAAAAAGCAUUUAUCUUCAUUCAGGUAAGAUAGUUCCACAUCAACAAAAAAUACACGGGUGAAGUUCUUGAACUGCAGUUCACAGAUUUAUGACAAUUUUCACCAUCUAAGACCCAUGACCUUAUAUUUAAAAUAGAAGGACGUUUCCCAUGUGUUUAUCUUUCAUUGACAAUGGAUCUUUUCCUGCAUCUUAAAUUAAGUAAAUACAGAUCAAUGCAGAGUUUUAAAAAUCAUUUUGAAAGAGUAGCGAGCUUGUUUUGGAUUGUGCCUUCUGGGUUUUUUUCUCAUUUUUCUCCUCCUUUGUGUUUUGGAGUCAUACAUAAAGUAACCCACCUCCUCCCAAUGAAAGCCUAUACUGCCUUUCCUGUCAUCUACCUACCUAUUCCUCAAUACUUUCAGCAUAUAAAUCUAUCUUCUUCCAGUAAAGCAGGGGAUUGUAUUACAUAAUUUGUAAUAUGUAAUUGAAGAACAUUUUGUCAUGUGUUAAAGUCAGUGUUGGAAGAUCAAAGGCCUUUUCUGAAGAGCAUCUGUGGGAAGCUGAGACAGGAGGGGAGAGGAUGGCGGAUGGCACUGUGCAUCCUAGAAGAUGAUCUCAUGUCAGUUGUACCAUGUGUAACCACAUUUUAGCAUUAACAAACCGUGUUUUGGAGUGGGUUUUUUUUUGCCCUUUAGCAGAAUGAACCACUAAAACCAGAAAACUAGAAGGGUUCUUGCUAAUAACAACAGCUUUAUGAAACCUUGUCCAAUCUUUUAUGGCUGCCUUAUCCAGUCUUUAUAGAUCUAGCCAGACAGUUACAUUUUGUGGCUGAACUGAGAAAUUACAGAACUCUUUUUAACCUUGGCCCUCAUGAAUGAUACAUUAUAGAAGUGCACAGCAUGCUUUGCAAGUCAGAAAACAGAAGUACAUUCAAAAAGACUCUAUUGGUCCAUCAUGUUUAAUGCUUUCAGUCAAGUGGAAAAGUGAUACAGGAAUGAUGAAAUCCCAGUUUUACAUGUUAAAAACCUACAUUUUGGUAAUGCGUAACAACCACUUGGAAAAGAUGUUUUCUGUUGUAAUAAAUAAAUAACCUACGUUAUUUCUCCCUUGGCAUUUUGCUAUUCUGUUACAAACUGGUGGCAAGCCACCUCACAUCAUGCCGGCCCAGAGAACACCUCUUGCCCGUUGUAAUACAGAAAGAUAAGUGUUGGCAUUGUUUUUUCUGGCCGUUUAAUGCCUUGUAAUUACACAGCGGGGUUUUACCUAGUUCACAGCCACUGGAGGGAGCUUCUUCUGACACACACACACACACCCCCCCC